AUGAAAGCCCAAGACUACACCGAUGCUUACUUCACCAUCGACGCCACUACCGGCCGCCUCUUGCUUGACAGCACUUUGCCCAUCUGUUGCUACUUCCCUGGCGAUGGCACCAGCGCAUUCACCGUAUGCGAUGCCAGCAAUUUCCCAGCGCAGGAGCAGUACCUCACUUGCGAGACACCUACCCCGGGUAGCCAGAUAGAAUGCACUGUGCCUCUGAUAACGUGCAGCCGGCUUACAUGUACUGCUCCUGGUACUCUCUGGGGCACUACAUAUAUUGGUCCCUCGGGUAAUGAUCUCGGUAUCAAAGCCCUUCUUGGCCCCCCUUCGAUGACAGGACACGUUCCUGUGCCAUUGAUAGUUACGUUUGACUCGGAUUAG